AACACCUUUACAGAUCUACCACCACGUGGGAGCGUGGCAUGGUAACCCACUGCUACACACUUGAGGGCCUCCACCGAUCUCAUCCGUCAGUGUAUGUAGACCCAACAAAACUGGACGGUCCAGAUCAACUCAUGGUCCUCUUCCCCCACAACACACUUACUCGAAACUGUGAUUUCCUUUGAAAAAAUCUCCCCCAUCUGCAAUUUCCUCCCAAAAAAUCAAAUCCCAUAGAGAGGGAGAGAGAAAUGGCGGACGUUGAAGAAACAGAGCUGAGUGGGAAGCAGAAGAAAGAGAUAGCGAAAUGGUUCCUUCUCAACUCUCCUGCCGGUGAAAUCCAAUACGUUGCCAAAGAUGUGAAAGCGAUACUGAACGGCGACGAAUUGUACAAUGAAGCGGCUUCGGAGUCAUUUCCAUUGUACAACAAAUCCCACAUGAUUUGCCUCGACAUGCCCGGCAGAAUCGGCGAUGUGCUGGUUACAUCAUUUGGCGAGCUCAAAGAGAAUGAGUUUCUUGAUCCAAGGACUGCCCAAGUUGCUAUAGUUGACCACAUUAAACAAGUUUGUACAAAGGUGAGACCUGCUCUGGAUGAGGAGCUUCCAUCCUUAUAUAUAGAGGAAUUUCGAUCUGCUCUGGAUGCCGAAAUACUGAAGUAUGUUGGUGAAGCUUAUCCAAAAGGUGUCUGCUCAGUUUACUGUACAAAUGGAAAAGAUGUGGAGGGACCAGGUUUUGAUUUUGAGCUUGUUGUGGUGAUCUCCGCUGCUAGACUUAGUCCACAGAAUUUCUGCAAUGGAAGUUGGCGUUCAGUUUGGAACAUUGAGUUCAAGGAUGAUGAACAAUUAAUGGAACUAAGAGGCAAAUUGCAGGUUGGUGCCCAUUAUUUUGAAGAGGGAAACGUGCAGUUGGAUGCAAAACAUGAAUGCAGAGAUUCGACAGUAUUUCAGUCUCCUGAUGACUGUGCAAUUACCAUAGCUAGCAUUAUUCGCCACCAUGAGACAGAAUACUUGGCAUCUCUUGAGGCAUCCUAUUCGAACUUGCCAGAUACCACUUUCAAGGAUCUUCGGAGGAAGCUCCCAGUAACCCGAACCCUAUUUCCAUGGCAUAAUACUAUGCAAUUUAGCCUGACAAGAGACAUUACCAAAGAACUUGGCAUUGAAAAGUGAAUAGAAGAAAACAAAUUUAUGACCGUUGUUUGUUGUACGUGAACAAGCGACAUAAUGAUGAGUUCUUACCCGUAUAUACCCCUUUGUAUUUGUAUUUUGAGUAUGUGAAUCCUUUUUAGAGUUCGCUUCUUACUUUUUUUUUCCUUUCAGUCUUUUUUUUCUCUCCUCUUUUUUAUUUUGCCUCGGGAAUUGUCCUCUGCCAUUAGAGUUUCUCUCCUCAGUUUUGUGGCAUUGUAAUGUAUUGUACUGUUUAUUCCAAGAUGUGUAUAGCAGGAAAGAAUUGUGGUUGAUUUUCA